AUGUUCGGUCCACAGCCGAGAGCCUACGUCAUUGACAGGGUGUUUGUCUUGGCAGUCGCGUUCGAGAAAACACUUAACGCGUCCGACCUUGGCCUGGUGGUGCACGGGCCACUAGCUUUGCUGACCUCCCUUCUUUUUGCAUAUCUGCCUGGACGACCAUACGAUUUCAAAAACAUGUCACCCACGACCUUUGAAGCAGAAUCGUCCUCUCAAGUCAUAUCAAUGUCUGCAGAACCAUUUGUCUCUCAAAAUGAGACUCCAAAACACGAAGAAUACCAAUAUCUCGACCUCGUCCGAGAUUGCCUCGAGAAGGGAGAACAUCGUCCAGACAGAACUGGGACAGGAACAUACUCUAUUUUUGCCCCGCGGCCCAUGAAAUUCUCCCUCACCUCUCCAGACGGUAAACCUAUCCUCCCCCUCCUCACAACGAAACGCGUUUUCCUCCGCGCCGUGAUUGGAGAGCUCCUCUGGUUCAUCUCAGGCUCCACCUCCUCUCUACCACUCCAAGCUGCAGGAAUCAAGAUCUGGGACGGCAACGGAUCCCGCGAGUACCUUGACUCAGUUGGGCUUUCCCACCGGGCAGUCGGCGAUCUGGGACCAGUAUACGGAUUUCAGUGGCGGCACUUCGGCGCGGAAUACGUUGAUGCCGAGACCGACUAUACAGGACAGGGUGUUGAUCAAUUGGCCGAGGUUAUUGACAAGCUGAAGCAUAAUCCUUAUGACAGAAGAAUCAUCUUUAGCGCAUGGAAUCCGAAAGACUUGAAGCUCAUGGCUCUACCACCUUGCCAUAUGUUUGCCCAGUUCUACGUCUCAUUUCCCAAGGGGGAGCUUGGUGAGAAGGGGAGGGGAAAACUGGACUGUCAGGUUUAUCAAAGGAGCUCUGACUUGGGCCUUGGAGAGCCGUUUAAUAUCGCAAGUUAUGCCCUGUUGACGCAUAUGCUUGCUCAUGUCUGCGACUUGACGCCUGGCACCUUCACUCAUGUUCUUGGAGACGCCCACGUCUAUGCGGACCACGUGGAUGCUCUAAAGACGCAAUUGACGAGGGAACCGAAGGCAUUUCCCGAGUUAGAGAUCACGAGAGAGAAAGGGGGCAGCAUCGAUGGCUGGAAGUUGGAGGACUUUAUCGUUAAAGGAUACGAGCCCCAUAAGGCUAUUUCCAUGAAGAUGUCAGUCUAG